GCAUCCACCGCCCAGGAACAGGAAGGACAAGAAAACCACUCCACAAACUCUCCUUCAAGACACUCCGUGCUGCAGAACAGGCUUCUCAACUCCAUCAGCGCAGCGAGCAAACUCCUCAGGGCUUUUGCUUCUUCCCCCCUCUUCUCCUCCGCCCCCCUCCCCCCUUUUUUUCCCCCUGUUUUUGUUUGUUGCUCAUUUGCGGGGAGCGGAGGGCCAGAAAGGAAGACACAAACUUUGUGUUUUGACAUCUGCGGGUACUUCUCCUCCCGCGACCAGCCGGCGGCCUUUAAUCUAUUGCCCGGACCCCCCGUGGGCUUCCAGGGGAAAGAUCUCCUUCUCCUCCUCCUCCCCGCUUUCUUCCCUCGCCUCCCGCUCGUUCGCUCCUUCCAUCCCCGCGCACUCCGGCCCUCAGCGCCGCUGGGGCCGCUCGCAGGGGGCGGAGGAAACGCUGCUCUCGCCCGCCCGCCGCGCCGGCGGGCCGGUGUAUGCCGUUCCGUGGGCUCCAUGCGGAACUCCCGGUGAAUGAGAACGGCUCGCCUCUUGCCGCCGCCACCCGUCUCGGCCCCCACCACCCCCUGCCGGGGUGAGGCUUCCUGAGGGGCCGCGGAUCGCCCUCCCCGCCCGCUGCUCGUCUGCGGCGCUAGGCGCCCUCCGCUCGUUGCGGCGCAGCGCCCACCGCCUCCGCGCUUCGCUUUUAUUCAUUCACCCCAGAACUCGCGCGCCCCGGCUCGGUUCCGCCUGCCUUCUUCCCCCCCCCCCCCCCCCCUUUUUUUUUUUUUUUCCCUUUUUCUUUCUUUCCCUUUUCUUUAUUUUUCCCGCAUCCCGCCUCGCCGCGCCGCCGGCCGGGCGCGAUGCCGCACGUGGAGAUGCUGCUGCUGGCGGCCGCGGCGCUGUGGGUGUGCGUGCGCGGGCAGGAGCCCGGCGCCAAGGCGGUGGCCGACCGCUACGCCGUGUACUGGAACAGCUCCAACCCCAGAUUCCAGCGAGGUGACUACCACAUCGAUGUCUGCAUCAAUGAUUACCUGGAUGUGUUCUGCCCUCACUAUGAAGACUCAGUGCCAGAAGAUAAGACCGAACGCUAUGUUCUGUACAUGGUGAACUUUGAUGGCUACAGCUCCUGUGAUCACACUUCCAAAGGGUUCAAGAGGUGGGAGUGUAAUCGGCCGCAUUCCCCAAAUGGACCAUUGAAGUUCUCGGAAAAGUUCCAGCUCUUCACGCCCUUCUCACUGGGAUUUGAGUUCAGGCCAGGACGGGAGUAUUUCUACAUCUCUUCUGCAAUCCCAGAUAAUGGAAGGAGAUCCUGCCUAAAGCUUAAGGUGUUUGUGCGACCAGCAAACAGCUGUAUGAAAACUAUAGGUGUUCAUGAUCGUGUUUUCGAUGUUAACGACAAAGUAGAAAAUUCAUUAGAACCAGCAGAUGAUACCGUACAUGAGUCAGCCGAGCCAUCCCGUGGUGAGAACGCGGCACAGACACCAAGGAUACCCAGCCGGCUUUUGGCAACUCUAUUGUUCCUCCUGGCAAUGCUUUUGAUAUUAUAGCACAGUAUGCUCCGGCAACCUGUCACAGAAAAUACCAGGGUCUUGGAACAUCAAAGAUCCACCUAACUGCUCAUCCCAGGAAAGGGACUUUAUUGUUUUUGCAGAUGUCAAAUUGUUAUUUUUCCCUUUUCUUCUCCCUUUAGCCUAAACUCAGCAAAAAUUUGAAGGGGAUAACUAGCUUCAGCACCCACCCCUACCUACCCUGUGACUUUCUUAAUCCCUCCAUAUAAAUAAAAGGACUCCAAAUGAAAAUGCCAAACUAUUAUAGUGACACUAGUGAUUCUUAUUUUCUUCUGCAUUCUCCUUUAAGAAGUCACCUCUGAUAGCUCACUAUGUCAUCUGUGUGUGGACGAGAAAGUGUAGAGGCAGAUGCAGUCAGUGCAUAAGUGCAUAAGGAAAGUGAAUGAAAACCUGGGAGAGUCUUUCUCUGUGAUACAAUAUUUAUGCCUUCUUGUUCAGCACUGUAAGAUGGUCAUGCAAGGCAUUGUGUCACCAUGUUAGGACUGGAGGGGAGAUAUUAAGAAUAGACAUAACACCAUUUCCUCCAGAAGUUUCUAAAUGAACAGGCUUCUGAAAGGGGAAGAUGAUGUUUCUUAUGGGACUCUUGAAACAUCCUUGACAGUAAAAUUUUUGCUCACAAGUAGAAAUACUGUCUUUGGUGAGAGGAAAAUGUUAGUAUUUAGGAAUGUUAACACACAGCAGGCAAGGUCAGAUUUAGGAAACUUCACUGGGGGUGUGAGUGCCUCUGUUAUUUCGUUUUAAGGGGAUAAUGCACACCGGCUUAUUUUAUUUUAAAACAAAUCACCGUGGUGCUAAAAUUUUUUUCUUGAAAUGCAGAGGCACUUUUGAGAAUAAAGUGACCUUCCCCAGCGCUGACUUAGUAGCUGAUAGCCUUGGAUGCUGCUCUGGGUGUUAAUACAUGCUAAAAGAGGACGUCGGUGGCCAGAGGAAACAUGUUUGGGACACAGGAUCUCCAGUGUUCUCUUGAUUUGUCUCUCCUGUAAGUUCCUCAGUCAUGGUAAUAAAUCACAUGUAGAAGAAGCCAGGGCAGUCUAAUAGCAUUGUUUGGUGGAGGAAAAGAAAAGAAGUGUGGAAUAUUAAUUCAAUGUUGAUUUUUUAUCUUUUCCCCUUCCAGCAGAGUUUGAAGAGUAGAGGAAACAUGUUUAUCAGCCAGAGAUAAAUUAGAUGGGCUCCCAAAGACUUAACAAAAUAUUUUUUUAAAAAUCCACUAGAAUAGAAAAUACAUUAUUUAGAUAUACUUUAUGCUGAGAGUGAGUAUAUAUGCUUGUCCUAUUUAAACAUGAGAGAAGCGGUAACCCUUGAUGCAAUUAGGAAAUGGGACUGUCUUGUUUGAUGGAGUUAGGAGUGACCCUGUUUAAGGAAUCUGAGCCUUGGCUAACAAAACUUUAAAAAAGUAGUUUUCCAGGAAGUGCAAACCUUGGGAUAUUUUUUGGCUAGGCUGCCAUGAAAUUUGGACAGUGAAAUAAUCAGUGAAAUUUCAGACCCAGACUGAAACAGAGCUUUUUGACAAAAACUGUGAUAAUUAAGUUAAAGGUGAAACAAAACAUGGGGCAUAUUCAAGCAAAACAAGAUUUUUCUGUAUUAAUUAUGAAAAAAAUUUCUGCCGUAAGAAAAUUAAGUGAUGCCAUUAGUAGACACCACUUCAUAGACUUUAUAUUUUUAAAUGAAGCAAAGCCUUCCAGAAGUUGAGGCAGGAGAGGGGAAAAUAAAUUUGAUAUGUAAAGGGAGGUUUUAUGCAUGCUGAGCUAUGACCUGGGCUUGCCUGAUAUCAUACAUGUUCAUGAAUACAGGACCUAUACUUACAGGAGGAAUGCAGGAAAUUUGCUCUAGUGUGAAGUGCACAGAAUAAAGAUACACAAAGUCCAAACAAUGAGGGAAGUCAUCAUCUCAUUACAGGCUGUAUGGUACUUUGCUCUUUUUAAGGUGUAUAUACUUGAUAUGCACACUAAUACUUUCUGUAGGUAGGAAUGAAAAAGCUUUGGAUGGUGUGAGCUUAACCAGAAUACACCUUAUCAAAUGGAUUAUUAACCAGACUACAGAUAAUAUUGCAUGAUGUGUAACCAUAUUAAAAUGAUUUACAGUAAUUACAGGCAGUCACACAAGUAGUGCAAAUUUGAUGUAGAAACGGUAGCAUUUGUCAUCCUUUGUCUCUGAAUGAUGUUGAAGACGUCCAUUUACCCACAGCAAAGGACUGUCACUAGCAUUACUCCUGGUGAAACUCACCCCUUCAUGUUGUCCCAGGGCCUUGCUGCGUAUGUGAGGGACAACACAAGCGAUGAUCCCCAAGCUGCCCAGCAUGGCUGGAAGCAGCAUUCCAGGCACUACCAGUUUCAUACCUGAUGGCAUUAGGCAAUCCCAGUCAUACUAAGUACAUAAAUGUGGUGGGUUUUGUGUUGUGUUGCAAACCUCUGGAUGCUUUAAAUGCAGAUGUUGCUGAAAUAUAAGGAGUUUGUUGCUCCCUUACCCUUCAUCUGCCCCUGCUCUAGUCUGAGGUACUGAUUCUCCCCAGCCUUAGUGGGUUACUUACACCCAUGACCUGCACUCCUGGCUGCCAAGGGCAUUGCAAUGUGAAGCAGGAAAAUAGGGAUCAGUCAGUUUAGUGGAUACUGUGUAUCCUUCAAUAGACAAGGUAACAUUUCGUGUUAGUUUAGGAUAUUGUUUUGUACUGUACUUACCUGGAUGGCGAAGGAAAGACAAGUAAAACUUAAAGCUAUGUUCUUUAAAUUCUGUAUUAUUAGCAACCUCUGUUGUAUAUAGUGUUUGAUAAUAAAGUAUUAAUUUGAUUCUUAUGUCUUUUGUAAGUGAGAACAAUAGACUUUCAGGAUAUUAAUAUCACGUGUUGAUUACAAGACAGAGCUUUGAAGCAUCAAGUGUGAUCAUGGCUGAGAACUGAGAGACAAGUGGCCAUGACACUGCAGCAUACAGGACUCAUCUUUGAAAAUCGUUCAUCUGUUGCAAGACUUCACAAUGUCAAGACCUGGAACAACAUGACUUUUAAUGAUCAAUGUUUUAUCCUCAGUGUUUAAAGGUCUUAUGUUGGAGCCCUGUGGUUUCUGUGUUAGUUCUUUUGUAUCAUGUUUGUUUCUAAAAAGGCUUUGGGGAUAUAACAGCUUUUCUGUUAUUUUAUUUGUUUCUUUUUAAUUUGUUGUUUUGUUGGGUUUUUUUUUCCCUCCUCUUUUCCUUCUGGAUUUGUUCCCAUGAAUAGUUUAUUCCAGAAGGGAUCUUGCCAGUGUCAUGUGCGGUAUAUGUAUGUACUUGGUUCCAAAAGAACUAGAAACAAAUUUGGGAAGUACUGAGAGUAGUUGAGUAGAUUGUUUCCUUUCCUCUAUAAUAAUGGAAGGAAAAUGGUUGUAUUUGUACCUGUUGAUUCCCACCCCUAGCCCUCAAAACUGAACUUAAUUAAUUGCCUUAUGAGUGCAAUGGUUCAGCCACUUUCAGAGGUUUAGAGUAUAAACUCUUCCCCUCUUUUCACUACACUUGGAUUUUGUAAUCACCAGUUUUAGUGUACAACCCUACACACUUCCCUCUUCCUGCCCUGCCUCCUCUCCCACCCUCCUCCUUUUUUAAUUUGGAGCUGUGAAUGGGCAGAUCUGUUUCUGGUCUGGCAUCACUGAGUUUUUCCCAUGCAUUCACCCUUGAGCUUCUCAGAUGUGAGACAAAUCUCCCUACAAUAGGCUUGCUGCCAUUGUCUGUACAGUUUAAUAGAUGCUGGCAUGUUGAAGGUUACCCAUGAGUCUGCGAAAUCCGCUUACCAUGCUUACUCUUGACACCCCAUUGAAGACACUCAUUGUGUAUGCAUCUGGGUAUGAAAGUCCAGCUCAGUGUGGUCCUGUGCUUGUACUGCCCUGCUUUGCAGUUUCUUUGCACUUAUUCAUUGAGUGCUGUUUUUGAAAUGCUUACAUUAUAUAAACUUAAAAGAAAAUGUUAAAAAAAAACAAAACACCCAAACGCCCUGCCCCAUAAGAUCUGUAUUUGUAUAUACACGUGUCCGUACAAUUAUACUUAAAUAAAAUUAAAGAUUUUCAUCAUUUUAA